AGAAGAAUAAGCAACUUCUUCCCCCACCAUGGACAGUGUUGCGGGUGUGGUGUACACAGCACUGGAGCUGCUGAUCGCCUUGACGUGUUGCCUGGGCAACCUGCUGGCCAUCUGGGCGGUGCGGGCCAGUGGCUCCCUGCGGAAGCCCACCUUCUGCUUCAUGGCAUCGCUGGCGGCGGCGGACUUCCUGGUGGGCGCCGUGGCGAUCCCCGCGGCCGUGCUGGUGGACGGCCGGGUCAGCACCUCCUUCAACAGCUGCCUGUUCCUCAGCUGCGUGACGGUCCUGCUGGUGCAGGCCUCCAUCCUCAUGCUGCUGGUCAUCGCGGUGGAUCGCCACCUGCGCGUGCAGAUGCCCCUCAGAUACAAGCGCAGCUUCACGCAGAGGCGCUGCUGGGCCGUGGUCGGAGCGUGCUGGCUGCUCGCCUUCGCGUUCAGUUUCACGCCCAUGUUCGGCUGGUACAACCACCAGACUCUGGCCAAGAUGGUGAUGGAGAACUCCACCACCAUCGUCUGCACGUUCGUGUCCGUCAUGCCCAUGACUUACCUGGUCUACUUCCACUUCUUCGGGUGCACGCUGCUCCCCCUGCUGGUGAUGUGUGCCCUCUACGUCCACGUCUUCCGCUCCAUCUCCAAGCGACUGCAGAGGAGCCAGGCCCCGGGUGCCGAAUCACACGCGUACUACGCCAAAGAGCGGAAGCUGGCCAAGUCCCUGCUGCUGGUCCUGGUCCUCUUCGCCGUCGGCUGGUUGCCGCUGAGCAUCAUGAACUGCGUGACGAUCUUCGGCGGCGACGUCCCUCUGGUCGCCAUCUACAUCGGGAUCCUCCUCACGCACGCCAACUCUGCCGUCAAUCCGGUCGUGUACGCCUUCAAGGUGCCGAAGAUCCGCAGUGCGUACCUGCGGGCCUGGAGGAAGUGUGCCCCCUGCCGGCAGCAGGGGGUAUCGCAAAGCACCGAGAGCAAGGACUUCAGCACCAGAACCAAAUCCAUAGAAGACCUGACCAAGGAACGAGAUUAUUCUGAAAUCAUCAGAUAUUUCGGUCCUGGAGGGCCCCAGCGUCUACAGGUUUAACUCCUGUCCCGGAGGGCCGCAGUGUCUGCAGGUUUAACUCCAGUCCUGGAGGGCUGCAGCAUCUGCAGGUUUAACUCCAGUCCUGGAGGGCCCCAGCGUCUACAGGUUUAACUCCAGUCCUGGAGGGCUGCAGCAUCUGCAGGUUUAACUCCAGUCCUGGAGGGCCACAGUGUCUGCAGGUUUAACUCCAGUCCUGUAGGUGACCGGCAGACGCUUCGUAUAAAAUUCAAAUAUUUAAUCUUAAAACCUGAUAUAGAGCUUGUUUUGGCUUGCUGGGUGAUUCUACUAGUUUACUGUAGACUGACCUAUCAAUUACUUUGGUUGAUAUUACCAAUUUACUUUACAAGGGUUGGAUCAGAGGAGAGAUUGGGAAUUUUAGGAGGUCAGAGGUCAACAUGGUAUCCUCAGUGGCGUGGUUAAGCUGGCAGCACCUCCUACAACACAGUGUGCCAACCAUGGCUCUGGGGAAUCGGAUCGUACGAACCAGUUUCUGACAGCUCUUACUUAGCUACAGCAAGGACCACAAUGGAAAUAAGUCUUGUGACUUUUUUUUUGUUGUUAUCCUUGAUACACUUUUAAUUGUGCAUGUACAUUGGUGUUUGCAACCAUGUAAUUUUUCUUUUACAGUGAAUCGUCAAAUAAAUAAACUAAAGGUUCUCCAACACUGCUUUGAGCAGAAAUUACAGGCAUUUAGCAGAUGCUCUUAUCCAGAGCGACCUACACAACGUUUUUACAUUGAUAUGCAUUGCAAGCUAAGUUCCUUGCUCAAGGUUACAACGUCAGUGUCCUACCUGGGAAUUGUACCUAAGACCUUCAGGAUACAGGACCAACUCGUUACCCAUUAUAUUACACUGCCGCAUAAAUAUGACCCGAUUUUAGUUCAUAUCCAUACACACAGUAUGUCUUCAGCUGUUUGUUGCAAGGAGGCUGUACAGGAGAACCGGUGGUGGCCACUUCUGAAAAGUAAAAACACACAUUAGCGCUUCUCAGCAUGUAGUUUCAAGUGUUGGAGUAUGGCAAGGAUGCAAGAUUUUAUCAUAACCUUCACAAGAGAUGAUUUCUGACGGUGCGACUAUGAACGAAUGAAUGAAUGUUUCUUUAGUGUGUCUUGUGUUGCAGGCCCAAUGAGCUAAAAAGACAAACUUGUAAUUUCUAUAUGUACAAGUCAGUACAAUAAAAGUGUAGCUUAUAUCAAGAGAAUUAUACAUAAAGAUAGUCAGGAAACCAGUGAACCACUAAAUACAACACAGGUCAUGCAAGAAAUGUACCACACACAAAGUGCAAAGCAUGACUUCCUUAAAAACCCACUGCAGUUUCAGUGUACUUUCCUAAAGUUAGAGUGCUUUAGUAAAGGGCCAACAAUUAAUUCAAUAUUCCAUAAAAUGUUAGGAAGACAUUAGGAAGAAUUCAAUGUGUGGAAUAACCUUCCAGGUCACGUAGUAUAGGCAGAAACUCUGGGGAUUUUCAAGACUGGGCUUGAUACAGUGUUAGAUACUGUCUAGUCCGUAGGCAAGGCCCGUCUGCAAGGCUGUGACAUCAGCAUCAGACAGAACAGCCUGUUCUCGUCAUUAUAUUAUGUUAUGUUAUGGUAUUUGAAAAUAUAUGGAAAUAGGCCUAUUAACAUAGAUCAAAAGAUUAAAAUAAAAUCAAAUUUUUUUGAAUUACGAACGAAGUCAAAGAGGUAAAUCUCAAUUAAAUGAUGCAACUUUAGAAUCUAAUAGGUAAGGUUGAAAACUAUAUUUCUCUUGGUGUCUUGGUUUAUCAGGUUUUUGACGCAGGUGCUUUCUAAUGAGCCCUUGGGUCUGGUUCCAUUUCCACCUAAAUGAUUAAACGGCCUAUCGGUCUCACUAACAUGGUUCAUUAUUUUAUUAUCACAUAAAUGACUCCAACAUUUCCCUUUAAGUUUGAAUGCAAUUUGUGACAUUAAAGUGAGUGAGUGAAAAUCUUAAUGUCUAUACAGAUAAUGGUGUGGAGGCCGAAUAGCUGAAAUCUCCAUUUUGAGAGCCAGUUUCAGUUUUAAGCGGACCACAACGUAGUACGAUUUGAUUUUGUUAUAUAGAACAUAUUUUCACUGAAGGCGGAGGUUACACCUGGAUGGCUUUGACAAUUAUCUGCCUCUGAACAUUAUCCUGUUGUAGAAGCAGAGAUAAACAUCCACGCUUUUUAUGGGUAUUCAAGAGCUGGACUGAAUUACCUCCUUACAUAUUCAUGUUUGAUCUUGUUAGAAAGAGAGUUCAUUCAGGAAUCUUUUGAUAAUAAGUACAUGGUCAGCUUUUAUGUAGGCCAGUCCUUGUUAUAAAUGAGUCUUACCCCCCUUUCCUUCUCUUCUACACCUUAACUCGGCAUCACCCAAUCAGGGCAAACAUCCUCAAGCCAUGCUGGGUAAGGUAUUUAAGAUGGCCACAGGAGAAAGUUGUGUUGUGUUGCAGUUGGUUUCAGAGCCUUAAAGAAGAAGAAGAGUUCUUCUAUUUUUAUUUUGGUGUUAGUUCCUUGUGUUUUUAGCUGGUUUCUGUUCAUUUCGUGGUGCUUAAACAGGAAGAGGUCAACACUUUGGAAAGGUCUGGCCACCACUCCCUCUCUUUUCUGGUAUUUCCAAAUUAAUGUUUUGUAAAAUGUCUUAUGUUUUCUAAUUUAGAUGUAGUGAGCCUGCAUUCAAUAAAGAAUGUAUGAUUUAAAUUAAUUCAUCUAAUUGACUGCUUCAUAUAGAAUUCAAAUAUUUAAUCUUAAUACCCUAAUAUAGAACUUGUUUUGACUUGUUGGGUGACUCCACCAGUUCACUGUAGACUGACCCACCAAUUAAUUUGGCGAUUUAAUUGAUAAUUCUCAUUUUCAACAAUAAUUCUUCAAUUAAAUCACAUAAAGUAUAUUUUAUAUGUAGGUUAAGUGAGGGGUUCUAGCACGCAAUAGCGCUAGUGUUCAGUAUUCAGAGUGUUGAACAUUUUAACAAGAGCACUGACUGUUGGAACUGCUGGAUUCAGAAAAUAAACAUAUUUUUAAUU